AUGGCUCGUAAUCAUCAAGAUAUCCGAAAAGAAAUUCAAAGAAUUGAAGGACAACUUCUUGUUGCAAAGCAAAUAUGCCGUGAAAAUUUAAAAGAAAUAAAUCGUUUAAAAAUAGAACAAGAAAAUGAUUUUAUUCUUCAAGAAAUUAAUCGUCUCUUGUCAAUUAAAUCCCUGAAUUCAAAUGAACAUAUUGAUCAAUUUAAUCAAUUACUUCAUUUAGUUUAUCAACAACAAAAACGACAAACAAUUACAUUAGAUAAUACAGUACAAUUGAACAAACAAGAUGAGCAAUACCAUUCAUUACUGAUUGAUCUAUCAUCGAAUAUAACUGAACUUGAAUCAUUAUUUGAUUAUGGUAAAAAUCUAAUUACAGAACCAAUUACAUCUGUCAAUUUACUUAGUAAUACUGUUUCAUUGCAAGAAAUAUCCGACGAUUCUUCAAAUGAUUAUACGAAAACUCAAGACUCAAUUCAAAUCACCGAUCUUCAAAAACGUAUUGAUACAUUGAGUAAACGACUUACUAAUAUUCAUCAAUGUGAUGAUUGUUUAAUACAAUGA